UCUUACAGUUCUGACCCACUUCAAGACUGCAUCUCUAAGGUGGGGCCUUUGACUGGGCCUCCAUCAAUAACUUGCAGCCAUGAGUUCAGACCAGGAAAUGGCUAUUUUUGGGGAGGCUGCUCCUUACCUCCGAAAGUCUGAAAAGGAGCGAAUUGAGGCCCAGAACAAGCCUUUUGAUGCCAAGACAUCAGUCUUUGUGGUGGACCCUAAGGAGUCCUUUGUGAAAGCAACAGUGCAGAGCAGGGAAGGAGGGAAGGUGACAGCCAAGACUGAAGCUGGAGCUACAGUAACUGUGAAAGAAGACCAAGUCUUCCCCAUGAACCCUCCCAAAUAUGACAAGAUCGAGGACAUGGCCAUGAUGACACACCUGCAUGAGCCUGCCGUGCUGUACAACCUCAAAGAGCGUUACGCAGCCUGGAUGAUCUAUACCUACUCAGGCCUCUUCUGUGUCACUGUCAACCCCUACAAGUGGUUGCCAGUGUAUAACGCCGAGGUGGUGACGGCCUACAGAGGCAAAAAGCGCCAGGAGGCCCCGCCCCACAUCUUCUCCAUCUCUGACAACGCCUAUCAGUUCAUGCUGACUGAUCGGGAGAAUCAGUUUGUAUAUAAGAUCAUCUUUUUUACUUGCAAGGGUAAAUUCAUCAGGAUCCACUUUGGUACCACGGGGAAACUGGCUUCUGCUGAUAUAGAAACAUAUCUUCUGGAGACAGUCUUGGAUUUCAACAGCCUGGAGCAGCUGUGCAUCAACUUCACCAACGAGAAACUGCAACAGUUUUUCAACCACCACAUGUUCGUGCUGGAGCAGGAGGAGUACAAGAAGGAAGGCAUUGAGUGGGAGUUCAUCGACUUCGGGAUGGACCUUGCUGCCUGCAUUGAGCUCAUCGAGAAGCCUAUGGGCAUCUUCUCCAUCCUGGAAGAGGAGUGCAUGUUCCCCAAGGCCACAGACACUUCCUUCAAGAACAAGCUGUACGAACAGCAUCUUGGCAAGUCCGCCAAUUUCCAGAAGCCCAAGCUUGUCAAAGGCAGAACUGAGGCCCACUUCUCACUGAUUCACUAUGCCGGGGUUGUGGACUACAACAUUAAUGGCUGGCUUGACAAGAACAAGGAUCCCCUGAACGAGACCGUGGUCGGGCUGUACCAGAAGUCUUCAGUGAAAACUCUGGCUCUCCUCUUCUCUGGGACAGCAUCUGCUGAUGCAGAUGCUGCUCCGAAGAAGGGGGGUAAGAAGAAGGGUUCUUCCUUCCAGACCGUGUCUGCGCUCUUUAGGGAGAAUUUGAAUAAGCUGAUGACCAACCUGAGGAGCACUCACCCUCACUUUGUACGGUGCAUCAUCCCCAAUGAAACCAAAACUCCCGGGGCCAUGGAGCAUGAACUUGUCCUGCACCAGCUGAGGUGUAAUGGUGUGCUAGAAGGCAUCCGCAUCUGCAGGAAGGGAUUCCCAAGCAGGAUCCUUUACGCAGACUUCAAACAGAGAUACAAGGUAUUAAACGCAAGUGCUAUCCCCGAAGGACAAUUCAUCGAUAGCAAGAAGGCUUCUGAGAAGCUCCUUGGGUCCAUUGACAUCGACCACACCCAGUAUAAAUUUGGUCACACCAAGGUCUUCUUCAAAGCUGGUCUUCUGGGGCUCCUAGAGGAGAUGCGAGAUGACAAGCUGGCCCAGAUAAUUACCCGAACCCAGGCCAGGUGCAGAGGGUUCUUGGCAAGAGUGGAGUACCAGAAGAUGGUGGAAAGAAGAGAGUCCAUCUUUUGCAUCCAGUACAACGUCCGUGCUUUCAUGAAUGUGAAGCACUGGCCCUGGAUGAAGCUAUAUUUCAAAAUCAAGCCCCUCCUCAAGAGUGCAGAGACAGAGAAGGAGAUGGCCAACAUGAAGGAAGAAUUUGAAAAAACCAAAGAAAGCCUUGCAAAGGCCGAGGCCAAAAGAAAAGAGCUGGAAGAAAAAAUGGUUGCUCUGAUGCAAGAGAAAAAUGACCUGCAACUCCAGGUUCAAGCUGAAGCAGACAGUUUGGCUGAUGCAGAGGAAAGAUGUGACCAGCUGAUUAAAACCAAAAUCCAGCUGGAGGCCAAAAUCAAGGAGGCGACUGAGAGAGCUGAGGAUGAAGAAGAGAUCAAUGCUGAGCUGACGGCCAAGAAGAGGAAACUGGAAGACGAAUGUUCAGAGCUCAAGAAGGACAUUGAUGACCUUGAGCUGACACUGGCCAAGGUUGAAAAGGAGAAACAUGCCACAGAAAAUAAGGUGAAAAACCUCACAGAGGAGAUGGCAGGCCUGGAUGAAACCAUCGCUAAGCUGACCAAGGAGAAGAAGGCCCUCCAAGAGGCCCACCAGCAGACCCUGGAUGACCUGCAGGCAGAAGAGGACAAAGUCAACACCUUGACCAAAGCUAAAACCAAGCUAGAGCAGCAAGUGGAUGAUCUUGAAGGAUCUUUGGAACAAGAGAAGAAAAUUCGGAUGGAUCUAGAAAGAGCAAAGAGGAAACUGGAGGGAGACCUAAAAUUGGCCCAAGAAUCCACAAUGGAUGUGGAAAAUGACAAACAGCAACUUGAUGAAAAGCUUAAAAAAAAAGAGUUUGAAAUGAACAAUCUGCAAAGCAAGAUUGAAGAUGAACAGGCCCUUGCAAUGCAACUGCAGAAGAAGAUCAAGGAGUUACAGGCCCGCAUCGAGGAGCUGGAGGAGGAAAUCGAGGCAGAGCGGGCCUCCCGGGCCAAAGCAGAGAAGCAGCGCUCUGACCUCUCCCGGGAACUGGAGGAGAUCAGCGAGCGCCUGGAGGAAGCUGGUGGGGCGACUUCAGCCCAGAUUGAGAUGAACAAGAAGAGGGAGGCUGAGUUCCAGAAAAUGCGCAGGGACCUGGAGGAGGCCACUCUGCAGCAUGAAGCCACGGCAGCCACCCUGAGGAAGAAGCACGCGGACAGUGUGGCUGAACUUGGGGAGCAGAUAGACAACCUGCAGAGGGUCAAGCAGAAACUGGAGAAAGAGAAGAGUGAAAUGAAGAUGGAGAUUGAUGACCUAGCUAGUAACAUGGAGACUGUCUCCAAAGCCAAGGGAAACCUUGAAAAGAUGUGCCGCACUCUGGAAGAUCAACUGAGCGAACUUAAGAGCAAGGAAGAAGAGCAGCAGAGGCUGGUCAAUGACCUGACGGCCCAGAGAGCGCGCCUGCAGACAGAAGCAGGUGAAUAUUCACGCCAGCUAGAUGAAAAGGACUCAUUAGUUUCUCAGCUCUCAAGGGGCAAACAAGCAUUUACACAACAGAUCGAGGAACUGAAAAGGCAACUUGAAGAGGAGAUAAAAGCCAAGAGUGCUCUGGCCCAUGCCCUGCAGUCAGCCCGCCAUGACUGUGACCUGCUGCGGGAACAGUAUGAGGAGGAGCAGGAAGCCAAGGCCGAGCUUCAGAGGUCAAUGUCCAAGGCUAACAGUGAGGUUGCCCAGUGGAGGACCAAAUACGAGACGGAUGCCAUCCAGCGCACAGAGGAGCUGGAGGAGGCUAAGAAGAAGCUGGCUCAGCGUCUGCAGGAUGCUGAAGAACACGUAGAAGCUGUGAAUGCCAAAUGCGCUUCCCUUGAGAAGACCAAGCAGCGGCUCCAGAAUGAAGUGGAGGACCUCAUGAUUGAUGUUGAGAGAACUAAUGCUGCCUGUGCAGCCCUGGACAAAAAGCAAAGGAACUUUGAUAAGGUCCUGGCAGAAUGGAAACACAAGUAUGAAGAAACUCAUGCUGAACUUGAAGCUUCCCAAAAGGAGUCCCGUUCACUCAGCACAGAGCUGUUCAAGGUUAAGAAUGCUUAUGAGGAAUCCUUAGACCAACUUGAAACCCUGAAGCGGGAAAAUAAGAAUUUACAACAGGAGAUUUCUGAUCUCACUGAGCAGAUUGCAGAAGGAGGAAAACGUAUCCAUGAACUGGAAAAAAUAAAGAAGCAAAUUGAGCAAGAAAAGUCUGAAAUUCAGGCUGCUUUAGAAGAGGCCGAGGCAUCUCUUGAACAUGAAGAGGGAAAGCUCCUGCGCAUCCAGCUGGAGUUGAACCAUGCCCACCUGGAGCGGAUGAAGAAGAACCUGGAGCAGACGGUGAAGGACCUGCAGCACCGUCUGGACGAGGCUGAGCAGCUGGCCCUGAAGGGCGGAAAGAAGCAGAUCCAGAAACUGGAGGCCAGGGUACGUGAACUUGAAGGAGAAGUUGAAAGCGAACAGAAGCGCAAUGUUGAGGCUGUCAAGGGUCUGCGCAAACAUGAGAGAAGAGUAAAAGAGCUCACUUACCAGACUGAGGAAGACCGCAAGAAUAUACUCAGGCUCCAGGAUCUGGUGGAUAAACUGCAAUCAAAGGUGAAAGCUUACAAGAGACAAGCUGAGGAAGCGGAGGAACAAUCCAAUGUCAACCUCUCCAAAUUCCGCAAGCUCCAGCACGAGCUGGAGGAGGCCGAGGAACGGGCUGACAUUGCCGAGUCCCAGGUCAACAAGCUGCGGGUGAAGAGCCGGGAGGUUCACACCAAAAUCAUAAGUGAAGAGUGAUUCAUCCAAAUGCUAAAAGUGACCAAAGAAGUGCACAAAAUGUGAAUAUCUUUGUCACUCUACGUGACAUCUUUGUACGUAUGAUUUUUGCAGAUAAAAAAUUUAUCGGCA